GUACUUCGGCAACCGCUUCCUGGCCCUCUCCUUCGGCGUCUUGAUCAUGCUUCUGGUGCUGGGCAUCGAGACGAUGAUGGGCGAGCUGCCCAUGUGGUCUGCGAACCCCUCGCCGAAGACCUGCACAAACGUCCAGGGCACGCUCGGCAUGGCAACGGUGCUCCUGAUGACCUUCCUCGUGUUCGUCUGGACGGCCACCCGCGGGGCCGCCGGCACUGUCUGGAAGUGGACCACCCCCCUCGACGUCACGCUCGCGCCCGCCAUCGUGCUCGUGGCCCUGCCGCUGGUCGGCUUCCUCUCCGCGAGCUUCGGGUACUCGCCGAUCUGAGCUGUGCUGCCUGCGAAUUCGAGAGCUCUGGGCAGGCGCGCCCGGGGCCGAAGGUCAUGGAGCUCUGGUUACAACUCUGGGCAUGCACGCCCAGGCUGAUGGCUGCAGAGGCGGCGCCAGCGAAUACUGUCUGUAGACAGCUGCAGACCGUCUGAAGUCAAGUGAUCAAGAGCUUGGAUGGUCUUGGAUGGACCUCGGGCAGGAGUAGUAGGCUGAUGAUGGGGGGUUGUCCAUACCCGAGAGGAGCGGGCCAGGGAACGUGCCGGAUUUAUUUGGUGCCAGCUGAAGUCUGCUUGCACUGCCUAACGUCUCCGUGGGCCACGCCGCAGUGGCUGGAAUUUAGCUCGAAAAGAUCGAGAAUUCAGGAGAGUCUAUCAAGACUUCGUCCCUGCAGCCGCACGUCGUUGCGCAUGUUAAUUUGCCGAGCAAGUAAAACAAGUAUUGCCGCCGAGAAAGGCUCUCGGUGCCUUGUUUGUGCCGUGCGGAUGAUGGUUUUCGUAGUAAUGAUGAUGCUG